AUGUUUUCAUCGUCGAAACCAAAAUUUGCCCUUGAGCUAACGAUAAAUGAGCUUACUAAUGUGCCACAAAUCAAUGGAGCUUGCUAUAUAGAAGUCGCUAUUCGUGAUUCCAAAAAGAAACACUUGCAUAAACACCCGAAUGGAUCUCGAGCGCCAUCCAAGGAUACGUCAUCUUCGUCAAACUCGACCUCAAAUGGAAACUCGUUUGCUUCCAACCCUGCAAAAUCUUUUCUAAACAAGCUUGAUACAAAGGCGGCGAAAACUAUCCACAAAGAAGUUGCUCAAGCCAAAAGCACCACAGGCAAUGUCUCCACAACCACAUCAUUGAAAAAAUUGCAUAAUUUCAAAUGUAACUUUAAUUACAAACUUACUUGUAACUUGAAGUUUAGUUUAAAGAGUCGGAAGAAUUUGUUGAUUGCCAACAAGUAUUUAUCGUUGAGGGUAUAUUAUGUUCACGAUGAUAAACAAGGAGGUGAUGAACAGAUUGUAAUUAACCUAGGACGAUUAGAAGUGAACUUGGCCGAAUACUUAAACUUUGAGGAGCCAGUUAAUUUAAAAUACUUGCUUGAUGACUCAAAAGUCAAUUCAAUAUUGAACUUGACUAUUGGACUUUCAGAAUUACCUGAAAACUUUGAUUUCCACACCCAGUUGCAAAUUCAAGACAAUAACAGCAGUGUAGUGUCGUCAACUGCAUUGCGCGAGGGUCUCCAUCAAAACAAAAAGCGAAGUACCACUUUCAAUGUACCUCAGUUUGAACGGAAGAAUGUCUUUAAUGGUAUCAGCAAUAUAUUCGGGGAAGCUAAUCUCGAUGAAAACCAAGGUUCACCAAAGCGUGUUCCAACGCCACCUACCCCACAAUCGACCCCUAGUGAUAGGCCGCCCUCGCCCUUGCCACGUAACCACCGUGCGGCAUUAAAUCAAGCAAGCUCGCCCCAACUGUCGGCAUCAUCAAACGUUUCUCUUGAUGGGAAACCGAUAGGCGACAUUUCAAGCUUGAAUGACCAAGAUUUGAUCAAAUUGGUGGGCCAGUCAUCUGACGUCUCCCUGGCCAUGUCGACUCAUCUGCCGAGCCUGAAUGGUCAAAUUGGUAACAUAGCAAAUGGUAACUUUGUGUCAGGGAUCAAUCGACAUAUCGCCAUGGACCCAAUUAUCAACUCCUUGUACACCAAGAUCCUAGAAAGUAAUUGGGAUCCAGCAUUAUAUCCACUUUUAGAUUACUCGCCUAACCAAUGCAUUGAUGACAUUUUUGAUAAUCCUGACAAUCCGUAUGGAUGUAAUUUGAAGUUGAAGGAGUUCUACGAAUCGCAGGUUGAAAAAGAUGAAAAGAAUAGUGGAUAUCGAAACUUGAAUGGAUUGAUUAAUGAAGAUAAAUAUAGACCAGACUUACAGAGUUGGACAUUGCCAAAUAUAAAAUAA